ACGCGUCAAACUCUCAAGAAGAAAUAUUUGUCUCGUGUUCUCUUUCUCCUUUUCUAUAUAAUGAAAUUCUCCGCCCUGCCUUUCACUUUCUCUCUGCAAAUCUAACUUCUCUCUCCGCCAUUGCUGUUUUUGGAAUCGAAGCUCAUUUUACAUGGUGAUGUUGGAGCCAACUUGAGUGCACCACGGCUAAUCCCACAGGUUACCUGCUGCCUCCCGUCAAGAGAGGUAAAGGUAACCUUGCUUGCCAAGAAUUACGCAGAUUAAAGGAAUUCACCCCGAUUCUGCGGGAAUCUGUGCAAUCGAGGUUCUUACGCUAGCUCUUGGAUCACUUGCUGUCUAGUUGGUUUGGGAUGAGCUUAAAUGGAGCAACAUGGUCCAUGAGGAUUGAUUAACCGACCCCAACUUGCUUGAGAUUGAGGCAUAGCUGUUGUUCUUGUUAUUGUUGAAGAUUUGUCACCCAUAUUACUAGUGCACUGGAUGAUAAGUUCCUUUAAAGUUGAUCCUUGACUUAUUUGAAAGCUGCUAUCUUAAAUCAGUUUGGAUUAGCAAUGCCUCCAAAUCCUAGGGUCGAUCGUGCUUUUCGUUCUAUGAAAGCUCUUGGUAUUUCUGGAGAGAAGGUGAAGCCAGUGUUGAAGAAUCUUUUAAGAUUGUAUAACAAAAACUGGGACCUUAUAGAAGCUGAGAACUAUAGGGUCCUUGCCGAUGCAAUAUUUGAUGAUGAUGAAGCAAAGGAUGCAGAAAUUAAAAAGUCAACUGAGGAUACCGAACAAGAGGCUCUGGUGCAAGAUGAGCCUGAACCACCUCUGAAAAGGCAGCGCUUCAAAAGUCAAUCAAGUCAACCAAAUGAGUCUCUUGAAUCUCAAUUGCAAAACCAGUCACCUGGUGAUUUUGAUUCCCCUCAGUCCAUGGGCAAUGAAUCACAACCUGGAUCACACCCAUCACUUGAUAGAAACAAAGGAAAGCAGCCCAUGUUUGCCGAUUCAUUAGUACCACAGGAAGAGCUGCCUUCAUCUCAGCCUUCUGACGUGGACAAGAGCCUUCCAGUUCCCAGGAGAGCUGGAUCUACUUCUGGUUCUGGCAUCCCAGUGUCACCUACGAAGAAUGCCAUUGCUAAUCACACUCUUAUCAAACCUAAGGAUGAGCCAAUCACUGAUGACCUGCCAAGUCUUGAAGUUCCUGUUGCCAUCAUCCGCCCAGGUUCAUCAAGUAAAGGGAAGUCUUCAGUUGCAAGUGGUUCAGAAGGUAGACAUGGUGAUAGUAACGCAUCAGCCACUGUAGUUGAAGCAGAUACAAAUGAUGGAAAUCCACCCAGUCCAGUUGUAGCUAAUGGCAAGCCUGAAACAAGUACAGUUAAGUCUUCUUCCGCCCUGGAGAUGGCUUCCUCACAAUCUGGAGAGGUGAAAAUGAUCUUGACCUAUGGCUCGGUCCUUGGAAGAUCAGAUUUCCAGAUGCCUACUCUUGAUGCAGUGGUGAAGUUAAUGGACGAUAAAUGUCAGAAAGAGUACAAAGAGCUCGAUCCUAAUUUUUCCGUGAUGAAGGUCAUGACAGACAUUUGUCAGUGCUUCUUGGAGAUGAGCGGUGAAUCAACUAAUAAAUCAUCUGACGAGUGAACGAAAUAUGUCCUAUGAAAGCAUGAAGAGGGAAGGAACGAGACGAGUUAACUUUGCAAAACUUACAUUGAGCUAACAACAUUCUGUGUUAAGCUCAAAAUUGAGCUUAAUAACAUCUUUCCUAGAAUUCUGCUGUUUCUCUUUCUGUGUUCUUUUAUGUAUACAUUUGGUAUUAGAUUUCGCUGUUUUCGACGUUAAGAAGUUCCCUUUUCAGGGAGGAGGAAAAUGUGUGAAUGUGUUGGUGAAGAACCUGUGUUCUUGAAAAUGAAGACAUAUUUCCUUCCUUUACAAAUGGUU